GACAAAAACCCGACUAAUUUUCAGUCAUUCUAGUAAAGAAAAACUUUGGAUGCUUUAUCUAUCUGUAUGACCUACCUGAAAAGGGGAGCCACGCCAGAGGCUACCCUCUUUCACGUCAAAUCGUCUUCACUAGUAGGCGGAAAAAAGUUUAGAGGUAGAAUAGGGGCCACUAUCACCAGCUAAAGAGGAAGAGAGAGAAAGAAAGAUCCCCUCUUUCGCCCCGGCUCGCUGCCCAAGCACAGAGAGCGGUUACUUACGAUUCUACAGUCAACCUCUGGACAUCCACCUGCGAGGACGGAGGUGCUCGACCCCACUCGACAUCCGGUGCAGUGACAUGAACGGUGUUUAAGGAAGAGAAAGAAAAAAUCGUGUGCCCUAAUUCUAUUAUUUUUUUCGGUAUCCAUAUACAUUUUUUUUUUACUUACUCGAUCUCUCUCGAGGACAGUCUGGUCCAUUUUAAUGUAACGUGGAGGUCGCCGGACGGGCCGAGAAAGGACUUGUAACGCAAGUUGAAACAAAUGUUCCUCACGAUGUCCAGGUAUCUCGGUCUGAUACUUAUUAUUACGGCAUUUACAUAUGCACACGCUGCCAAAAACUGUAAGGGUAACGGCCUAGGUUUAAAAUAUGUAUGGGGUGAUGCACUCACCGAUUCGGAUGACUGUAUAGGACCGAAUAACAUGCAGUAUCCUUCUGCUGCGAUAUCGAGGAGCUUUAAGAAUCUCUGGGCGGGCAGUAGUCGAACCGCGCGAUCGCAUCAGCCACGGACGAUUGAUCCUGAACUGACGAGGCAGGCGCUUUUGCACAACUACAAAGCGGCCCACGGGGAGUACUCUAUUGCCGGAAGCUCUCGGAACGGCCGUGCGUUUUCCGCGAAGGAAAGUUGCGGCUCGCCCGCCAGGCUCUGCAAAACAAGGUACAAUACCACGGCUCCUAUGUACGGCAUCAGCCUCACUAGCGGACAACCAGUAACGAUCGUCCAGAAGUUCCCCGAUCUCCUGCAGCAGGUCGUCUUCGAAGUUUGCGAAGAAGUCGCUGCGCAAAGUUUUUUAUUUCCAAUAUGUAUCCUCAGGCUUACGCUUAAAGCAAAAAUUAAUUCCGAAUUGAUCUGUACCUAAAAUGUUUGAUGAUUUUGGAGCAUUCUACACGCUUUGUUAGAGAGAUAUAUAUAUAAUAGAGAUAUAUAGUACCCUUUCCGCACUUAAUUUAUGUAAAUGGAAUUUGUGUGUGGUCAAUAUUUAUCAACGUGAUAUAAUCAGCGAAUUUUUGAACAGUAAUUUAUAAGAGCAGCGGGACAUCGGACCAGAUUGAAAUUCACCUGGGCCGCCUGCCCGCUGAAUUAAUUCGAAUGUGGCACAGUAGGACGAACUGGUUUAUAACUGUGUGUUCGUGAUCAACAUGCACCUACUUUUUUAUGCGAAAUUCCUUCCCAAAUAAUUCAAACACAGUUCUAUUAACAUAAAGUAUUGCUAACGAGCCAAUGACAUACGUGCGUUGAAUAGUGCGACUAAAGUUCUCUCGGGAGAAAUCAUAUCCUUUCAGUGUAAAUAUACACUAAAGAAAUAUACACAUAUUUUUAUUAACGGACAUCAAAAUAUAUUUGAGAAAUAUAAGAUGCAAUGAAAGAUAAUGCAUUAAAGUGAAAAAAAAUGUUUAUAGAAUUUCCUUUUUAUUUGUUUAACUGUUACGCAUAGAGUACGCGUCACAACGACAGCUGCGACAAUGUCGCAGCGUACACGAGCAAUCUUUACUUGUGUACGUCAUGCUUCGUGAACGCACUUCUACUCGAAGUUAUGUCAGCAAUGCUUAUGUAUUCGAGCGCUACGGAAUCGCUGGCGCAAACGCAAUCUGUAAACAGCUUCUCGUCCGGUGAACGAACCCAACAGAAUCUCUCUCAUCG